AACAUGUCCAGGACCUUGUUGGGCUAAACCAUCCGUGGUUGUAGGUUUCAUUUGGCGGGAGAGUUCUUUCUCAUAUAUAUAGAUAUGCUUUGUUUCCGACUGGACUGAACUGAUUAAUUGUUUUGGGAGAUCAGAGAGAAGAAAUUUCGAAUUUCUAGUAGCAGAGGUUUUAGGGCAUGGAGGAAGAACCUAUCGCUUCGGAAACAUUGAUCCACAGGCGUUCGAAAAGGGCUAGGGUUUCGCUUGCGGCCGCUGUGGGCGGUCUCAAUAUUGCGGACGGUUCAGCUGGAGAUCAGAGCACGGAUGAGUUGGAGCGGGGUUCCGGCGACGGAACAGAGGAUUUCGAAGUGGCCGGUCCCAAAACCAAGAAAAGGAGGGCUUCGGGGGGAACUUCGGGAUCCGUUAAAGCUGAUCAGAGCUUGAUUGAGGUUGUUAAAGGCAAUGGCAAGGUCAUACCCCAAGCAGUCAAGCAUUGGGUUGAGCGAUAUGAAAGUGAUCCAAAACCUGCAAUGGUUGAACUCAUGAUGAUGCUUUUUGAGGCAUGUGGAGCUAAAUACCAGCUCAGAGAAGAUUUCCUGGAUGAGACUGAUGUGGAUGACGUGGUGGUUGCUUUGGUUAAUCUUGCUAGGAGAGGGGAAAUAGAAGAUUUCCACAGUUCCAAACAGAAGGAGUUGAAGAACUUCAAACAAAACCUUGUGGCUUUUUGGGGAAAUCUGGUUAUUGAAUGUCAAAAUGGACCGUUAUUUGACCAGGUUUUGUUUGACAAGUGCAUGGACUAUAUCAUUGCAUUAUCAUGCACACCCCCAAGAGUUUACCGCCUGGUUGCUUCAUUGGUUGGCCUUGAGCUUGUUACAUCCUUCAUAAGUGUAGCCAAAACACUUGGUUCGCAGCGUGAAACUACUCAGAGACAAUUAAAUGCUGAAAAGAAGAAACGAAAUGAGGGUCCACUUGUGGAGUCACUGAAUAAAAGAUUGUCAAUGACUCAUGCGAAGAUCACUGUCAUAGAGGAGAUGAUGCGCAAAACUUUUACAGGGCUAUUCGUGCAUCGGUAUAGGGACAUUGAUCCCAAUAUCCGAAUUUCAUGCAUACAAUCCCUUGGUGUCUGGAUUGUGUCCUACCCUUCAUUAUUUUUGCAGGACCUGUAUUUGAAGUACCUUGGAUGGACACUGAAUGACAAAAUUUCUGGUGUAAGAAAGACUUCCAUCCUUUCUCUGCAAAAUCUAUAUGAAGCUGAUGAUAACGUGCCAUCUCUGAGUCUUUUUACUGAAAGAUUUUCAAAUCGAAUGAUUGAACUUGCCAAUGACAUUGAUGUUUCUGUGGCUGUGGCUGCUAUAGGACUACUCAAGCAACUGUUAAGACAUCAGCUCUUAUCUGAUGAUGAUUUAGGUCCUUUAUACGAUUUACUUAUUGAUGAACCAUCAGAGAUCAGGCAUGCCAUUGGAGAACUAGUUUAUGAUCAUUUGAUUGCGCAGAAAUUUAGUAGCUCAAGAUCAAGAGGGAGUGAAGGUGAUGCCUCUGAGGUUCCUCUGGGAAGGAUGUUGCAGAUACUAAGAGAGUUUUCGGCAGAUCCAAUUCUAUGUUCCUAUGUCAUAGAUGAUGUCUGGGACUACAUGGAGGCCAUGAAAGAUUGGAAGUGCAUCGUCUCCAUGCUUCUUGAUGAGAAUCCAUUGAUUGAGCUUACUGAUGUGGAUGCAACAAACUUGGUUCGUCUGCUUUAUGCUUCUGCUAGAAAGGCUGUUGGAGAGAGGAUUGUACCUGACACUGAUAAUCGAAAACUAUAUUAUACCAAAGCUCAGAAGGAAGCACAGGAAAAUAAUAGACGGGAUAUAACUGUUGCGAUGAUGAAAAACUAUCCGCAGCUAUUACGUAAGUUCAUGGCUGACAAAGAAAAAGCACCAUCACUGGUCAAUAUUAUCGUGCAUUUGAAACUUGAGCUUUAUUCACUAAAGAGACAGGAGCAGAAUUUCAAAACUGUUCUCCAGCUCAUCAAAGAUGCAUUUUUCAAACAUGGUGAGAAGGAUCCGCUGAGGUCAUGCGUAAAGGCUAUGACUUUUUGUUCCAGUGAGAGUCAGGGAGAGCUGCAAGAUUUUGCGCAAAAUAAAGUGAAGGAGCUUGAAGAUGAGCUGAUAGUAAAGCUUCGAUCUGCCAUGAAAGAAGUAGCGGAGGGUGAAGACGAAUACUCUUUUCUUGUUAACUUGAAAAGGUUGUAUGAGCUUCAGUUGGCAAAGCCUGUACCAAUUGAGAGCUUAUAUGAAGAUUUUGUGAUCACACUUAGAAGCUCCCAAAAUAUGGAUGACGAGGUUGUGGGUUUUCUCCUUCUCAACAUGUACUUGCAUGUAGCAUGGUGCCUGCACUCUUUUGGUGAUGGUGAAAACUUCUCUGAAACAUCUUUAUCCUCUUUCUUGUCCAAACGCAAUGCCUUGUUUGGGUUACUUGAGAGCCUUUUAAACAUACUGUGUGAAACUCAGGACGACGGGAAGUAUGGUAGUUUGCUUGCUCGCAGAGUCUGCACCGUACUCGCUGAAAUGUGGUGCUUGUUCAGAAAGUCAAACUAUUCUUCAACAAAGCUGGAACAACUAGGAUUUUGUCCAGACACAUCUGUGCUGCAGAAGUUUUGGGAACUUUGUGUACAACAGCUCAAUAUUUCAGAUGAGGUGGAGGAGGAAGAUGCAAACAGAGAAUAUAUAGAGGAUACAAAUCGUGAAGUUGUCAUGAUCGCAGCAGCAAAAUUGGUUACCACUGAUACAGUUCCUAAGGACUAUCUUGCACCAGAUAUUGUUUCUCAUUAUGUGAUGCAUGGAACAAGUGUGGCUGAGAUUGUUAAGCAAGUGAUUGCUGUUCUAAAGAAAACUGCAAAUCACGAUGUUCCAAAUGUUUUCCUUGAAGCAUUGAAAAGGGCCUACCAAAGGCAUAUCAUGGAACUCUCAAAAAGUGAUGAUGAAUCAUCUGCAAGCAAGUCUUUCUCAGAGUGCAAGGAUCUGGCUGCUCGGCUCUCUGGAACAUUUGUUGGUGCUGCUCGAAGCAAGCAUAGAGUUGAUAUUUUACAAAUUGUUAAGGGUGGUGUUUCUUUUGCCUUUUUAGAUGCUCCAAGGAAGUUGUCCUUCUUGGAAGGAGCUGUUAUUCAUUUUGUAUCGAAACUCCCAAGCUCUGAUGCCUUGGACAUUCUGAAGGAUGUCCAGAAACGAACGGAGAAUGUGAACACAGAUGAAGAUCCUAGUGGCUGGCGUCCCUAUUACACAUUUGUUGAUACAUUGCGUGAGAAAUAUGCAAAGAAUGAAGGAUU